AUGGCUGAAAGUUCAGCUAAAGAAGCCAGCUAUAGUAUGAGUUUCGGAGGAGAGUCCGGCAUGAGGGAGGAGUGUGGCUUAUUUGGUGUGGUUUCCACAGGCAGCUGGACACCAGAGAACAACCUGUCACAUAUCCUUCAUUUGGGUCUUGUUGGUCUGCAACACAGAGGCCAAGAGAGUGCUGGUAUGGUGACAACAAAAGGGGGACCUGAAGAUGUUUUUAUUACAAGAAAAGCCAUGGGUCUUGUUAAUGCAGCCUUCUCUGAAGAUGACAUUGCAAAUUUGAAAGGAACUCUUGGAAUAGGUCAUGUUCGUUAUUCCACACAUGGUCUUUCUGAAGCAACCAACAUACAGCCUUUUGUUGUGGAGAGUCUGCACGGUCUCAUCGCAGUCGCACACAACGGAGAAUUGGUCAAUGCAAAAAACCUAAAACGGAAGUUACUGAAACAUGGAGUGGGCUUGUCCAGUGGAUCUGACAGUGAGCUUAUUGUACAACUGCUGACACACAUGCCUGACUGUGGAGAACCCAACGGAGCUAACUGGGUUGGCAGAAUUAAGAAAAUGAUGGAAGAGACAGUGGCAUCCUACUCGCUGUUGAUCAUGCACAAAGAUCAUAUCUGGGCAGUCAGAGAUCCCUACGGCAAUCGUCCUUUAUGCAUCGGCAAACUGCUGCCAACUGACGCUGUCACAGGUAAAGCUCCAGUAGAGACUGAUGAUUGUGAAGCUUGGCUGGUGGCUUCAGAGUCCUGCACCUUCCAUGCUUUGGGUGCCAGGUAUGUGCGGGAGGUGCUGCCAGGAGAAAUAGUGGAGAUCAACAAAAACGGGAUAUUUUCUCGGUGUAUAGUUCCCAGGGCGGAAUCAAAACCUCCUGCGUUUUGUAUCUUUGAGUAUGUUUACUUUGCUAGGCCAGAUACUGUGUUUGAAGGUCAGAUGGUAUCUAGUGUGCGGAGGCGCUGUGGGCGACAGUUAGCAGAAGAGUGGCCUGUGGAUGUUGACCUGGUCAGCACAGUACCUGAGUCGGCCACCCCUGCAGCUAUGGAGUAUGCAAAUGCACUAAACAUUCCCUACCUGGAGGUUUUGUGCAAGAAUCGGUAUGUUGGGCGUACGUUCAUUCAACCCUGUACCCGUUUGAGAAGACUUGGGGUCAUCAAGAAGUUUGGACCUUUGAUUGACAACUUCUUUGGCAAAAAGAUCGUAUUAAUUGAUGAUUCCAUUGUCAGAGGCAACACUGUAACUGCAAUAGUAGCACUGCUCAAAAGAUGUGGAGCUAAAGAGGUUCACAUCAGAGUAGCCUCUCCCCCUGUCAAAUACCCCUGCUACAUGGGCAUCAACAUCCCAACUGUGGAGGAGCUCAUUGCAAACAGGGUACCCAUGGACAAGAUUGCAGAAGAAUUUGGUGCCGACAGUGUGAAAUACCUGUCUCUGGAGGGACUGAAGAAAGCUGUUAGUGAGGGAACCAAGGACGCAGCCUAUGAAGUGGGUCACUGCACAGCAUGCUUGAGUGGGGAGUACCCGGUGAAAAAGUUGGACUGGUAG